AUGCCAAGUGUAGAACCUCGACAGAAGCUGCGGAUCUCUAUAGAUCGCGGAGGAACGUUCACCGACUGCAUUUGCAAAGUCCCCAGUCAGGAAGAUAUCGUGUUGAAGAUUCUAUCUGUCGAUCCCAAGAAUUACGAUGAUGCCCCGACUGAAGCCAUCCGCCGCGUAUUGGAGAUUUACUAUGGAACGAGUAUUCCGAGGGGAACAGGGUUGGAUACAAAGGAUAUCGAGUCAAUACGCAUGGGGACAACCGUUGCGACAAACGCACUGCUAGAGAGGAAAGGCGAGCGCACUGCUCUUCUCAUCACGGAGGGCUUCAAAGACUUGCUGGAAAUCGGCAAUCAAUCGCGACCCUUCAUGUUCGAUCUCUCAAUUCGAAGGCCUGAAACACUAUAUUCCGAGGUAUUUGAGGUGGAAGAGCGCGUGACCCUGCGUAACUGCACCGACACAGACCUGCGAAGCAUGGACCUCUCGUCGCCGCCCGUACCACGAGAGCUCACGGGUACAUCCGGAGAAACUGUCCAGAUAAUAAAGUCGUUGAAUCUCGAGUCAGUGGAGGAAUACCUGAGGAAGAUUUACGCGGACGGGUACAGAUCCAUCGCUGUAUGUCUGAUGCACGCCUACACGUUUCCCGAUCACGAGCUCCAGAUCCGAGACCUGGCGCAACACAUCGGGUUUGAGAAUGUCUCGCUCUCGCAUGCUGUAUCGCAACGGACUAGGCUUGUUCCUCGAGGAAACUCCGCUGUCAUUGAUGGAUACCUUACUCCGACAAUCGAACGAUAUCUGAAGCAGUUUUUGACCAGUUUCCCAGAUAUUGCCAAGUCGGAUACCAAGUUGGAAUUCAUGCAAUCCGAUGGUGGGCUAGUCCCUGCGCAUAGACUUUCCGGACUGCAUUCGAUUCUUUCUGGCCCGGCUGGUGGAGUGGUAGGGUAUGCUCGUACCUGCUAUGAUGAGGUCAGCGAAGCCCCACUGAUUGGCUUCGAUAUGGGAGGAACGAGCACAGAUGUUAGUCGCUAUGACGGGACACUGGAUCAUAUAUUUGAGACCACCACCGCGGGAAUCUCGAUGCAGACUCCACAGCUCAAUAUAAACACGAUCGCUGCUGGUGGAGGGAGCAUCCUGUUCUGGCGCGACGGGUUGAUGUCUGUUGGACCAGAAAGUGCCUCUUCGGACCCAGGUCCUGCGUGCUAUCGCAAAGGGGGCCCAUUGACCAUUACGGAUGCCAAUCUGGCUCUAGGAAGGUUGAUCCCGGAGUAUUUCCCCUCUGUAUUCGGUCCAAAUGAGGAUGAGCCCUUGGAUCGCGAUGUUGUUAUUGCCAAAUUCGAAGCUUUGACGGCAACGAUUAACCAAGAUACGGGCAAGUCAAUGAGCUGGGCGCAGGUGGCACAGGGCUUCCUCGACGUUGCGAAUUCUGCCAUGUGUGGCCCCAUUCGGAGCCUGACAGAGGCUCGCGGUUACGACACAACGAAGCAUCACUUAGCAUCCUUUGGUGGAGCGGGAGGUCAACACGCCUGUGCCAUUGCCGAAAUUCUUGGUAUCCAGAAGGUCUUGAUCCACAAGCACUCCUCAAUUCUCUCUGCCUAUGGUAUUGGCCUGGCAGAUGUGGUGCAGGAAGGUCAGAGGCCCUGCGCAAAGGCAUACGAUUCAUCGAACCUCCCAACAAUCUUAGCGGACUUGGAGGAACUCGCUCUGGCUACCAAGGAUCUCCUAGGAAAUGACGGGAUACUGAACGUGGACGUGGACCGGUUCCUCAACAUGCGCUAUGACGGAAGCGAGACUACCAUUAUGAUUGCAGUGGACCAGACCCAUGAUAUGUUGCAGAACUUUGUCAAAGCACACCAUCAGCAAUUUGGCUUCACGCCUACUGAUAGUAAUGUAUUUGUUGAUAGCAUUCGAGUUCGGGCCAUAGGUCGAGGCUCUUUCACUGCCCCUUCGCCUGAUGUUCCGGCUUUGGUCUUAGCGAAGCCUUCCGUACCCACAGAGAGGUGCCCUGCUGCUGAGGCUACCAAUAGUGUUUAUUUUGAUCAGCUUGGAUGGACAGACACACCAGUAUACAUCCUCAAGUUCAUCCCUCUCGGACAGAAGGUCAACGGCCCGGCACUUGUGGUCGAUGAAACGCAAACGAUACUCGUGGGCCCAGGCUCUUCAGCAACAUCCGCGCAGGACAAGCUGAUCCUUGACGUCAAAGCUUCCGAGAAGGGCCGCAACGUUACCACUGAUACUAUCGACCCUGUCCAACUUUCUGUAUUCCGCCACCGUUUCAUGAGCGUCGCGGAGCAGAUGGGUCGUGUACUGCAACAGGUGAGUGUGAGCGCGAACAUCAAGGAACGGCUUGAUUUCAGUUGCGCUGUGUUCAGUUCGGAUGGGUCUCUGGUCGCAAACGCCCCCCAUGUGCCUGCGAUGAUUGGUAGCAUGGCCUUUGCGGUAAGGGGUCAGAUUGAAGAAUGGAAGGGAAGGUUGAAGGCGGGAGAUGUUUUGUUGUCUAAUGCACCUGAAUAUGGGGGUACCCACCUCCCAGACCUCACUGUUAUUACUCCCGUAUUUGAUGCACAGGGGAAAGAAAUCAUCUUUUGGACAGCUUCACGAGGCCAUCAUGCUGACAUUGGCGGUAUCCUGCCUGGCUCGAUGCCUCCAUCCUCGAAGGAGCUUGCUCAAGAGGGAGCUUUGUUCAAGUCAUUUCUAUUGAUCCGAGACGGCGUUCUGGACGAAGUCGGACUCGCUCGGCUUCUUUGCGACGAACCAGCACAGUAUCCUGGCUCCAGUGGCACCCGAAGGUACCAAGAUAAUGUGACAGACCUGAAAGCCCAAGUGGCCGCCAACCAUUGUGGCAUCCGGCUGAUCCAUCAGCUUAUUGAGGAAUAUUCCAUGGAAGUUGUUCAGGUAUACAUGAAAGCCAUCCAAUCCUCCGCCGAACUCGCCAUCCGCAAUCUCUUUAAACGCCUCGCGCGCGAGUUCCAUCAAACAGAGCUGAAACAGGUCGACUAUAUGGACGAUGGAACACCUAUCUGCCUCAAAAUUACACUCAAUGAGGCUGAUGGUUCAGCGGUAUUCGACUUCACAGGCACUGGACCCCAAGUCUACGGCAAUUGGAAUGCCCCUAUAGCCAUAACUCACUCAUCCAUAAUAUUUGCCCUCCGGUGUAUCGUCGACUCCGACAUCCCGCUGAACCACGGCUGCCUCGCCCCCGUGACCGUCCAUGUCCCCAAACCCAGUCUUCUCAAUCCAGCUCCCACCGCUGCUGUCUGUGCCGGUAACGUCCUCACCUCGCAACGAAUCGUCGACGUAAUUUUCAAGACCCUCCGCGUCUGUGCCGCCAGCCAAGGCUGCAUGAACAAUUUCUCAUUCGGUACGGACGAUUUUGGAUACUAUGAGACGAUCGCAGGAGGUAGUGGAGCGGGUCCGACAUGGUCCGGCACGAAUGGUGUACAUACGAACAUGACGAACACGAGAAUCACAGAUCCGGAGUCUUUGGAACGACGGUAUCCGGUUCUUCUUAGGAGGUUUUGUUUCAGGGGUGGUAGUGGUGGAGAAGGACGGUAUAGAGGCGGUGACGGGGUAGUGAGGGAUGUCGAGUUUCGGAUUCCGAUGAUGGCAUCUAUCUUGUCUGAGAGGCGGGUAGUGAAGCCAUAUGGAAUGGACGGGGGAGAAGAUGGUCGCUGUGGCAGAAAUUUGUGGGUUAAAGGGGAAGACGGGGAGAUUAUGUCGAUUGGGGGAAAGAAUUCGGUUGAGAUGAGGGCUGGAGAUCGUUUGGUUAUUGAGACGCCUGGAGGGGGUGGGUAUGGAAGCAAGGGCAGUGAUGAGGGCAGGAUUGAGAAAGAUCAGGCCAAGGUAAAUAGGGGAUUUGUUCCUAUCGCCAACGGAUCGGUAGAGGCGGCUAGAAGUCUGGCUGAGCAGGUGUAG